CUCUCCUCCCCUAGCAAACGCUCAAGUAAACUAGAAUUGGAAAAAUGGUGGCCAGCGUCAGAGUGCAGAAGCUCCUCCGACGAUACAAACUAGCGAUUGCCGCCGCGUUAACGAUUCUUCUGAUUCAAGGGCUAGUAGUAUGGAGUCUGAGAAGUCUCGAAGAGGGCGAGGCAGAGAGGAAAACGCGGCGGUCCAAGCUACCUGACCACAACAGCCAGGACCCCAAAAGGGAGGCAGUGGCCUGGGAGAGACAGAACGCCUUGUCUGGGAGGAGCGGGGCCCGAUGGAACAGCAGGCUGGAGAGGACGGGGGCCACGGCUGCCAGCGCCCUCCAGAGGGGCACCAAGCACCGGGGGAAGCACACCAUCAGGGUGAAGAUGCCCCUGGGCCAGGGUGUAGCAGUUGAUGGCGUUCCCCCCCAUGACCCCUCCAGUAGCCGUAACUUCACUGAUACCCGGGGCGGAGGGGAGGGGGCGGCCAGACUACCCCCUCCAGCCAUGCCAGGGGAACCGGGCAGCGUGGAGGGGGCGCCCCAAGCCCCCAGCAGCGACUUUGUGCCCAAGUGUGACAUCAUGGGCAAGGACGCCCUGUCGGCCCUGCACCGCGCAGGCUCGCGGCAGUGCCGGCAGGAGAUCGCCAACAUUGUGUGCCAGCAUCAGGCCGGGCAGCUCAUGCCAAGGGCACUGCCUCAGUUCUGCCCGCUGCACGGUUUUUCCAGCCCGGUCCAGACAGCUGAUGAGCUGGACAAUGACCCGUCCAAGGUGGAGAACCCGGUCAGGGUGGCCUUCGUCCUGGUGGUCCACGGCCGGGCCAUCAGGCAGCUCAAACGCCUCAUCAAAGCCAUAUACCACCGAGACCACUUCUACUACAUCCACGUGGACAAGCGUUCCAACUACCUGCAUCGGGAGGUGCAGCAGAUCGCCCAGCAGUACCCCAAUGUGCGUGCCACGCCCUGGCGCAUGGUGACCAUCUGGGGCGGUGCCAGCCUGCUGAAGGCCUACCUGCACAGCAUGCAGGACCUGCUCUCCAUGCUGGACUGGAAUUGGGACUUCUUCAUCAACCUCAGUGCCACUGACUUCCCCACCAGGACCAACGAUGAACUGGUGGCUUUUCUGUCACAGCACAGAGACCAGAACUUCCUCAAGUCACAUGGGCGGGAGAACGCGAGGUUCAUAAAGAAGCAGGGUCUGGACCGGCUGUUCCAUGAGUGUGACAACCACAUGUGGCGGCUGGGUGAGCGGACCAUCCCAGAGGGCCUGGAGGUGUCUGGGGGCUCUGACUGGUUCUCCCUCACCAGGCGCUUCGUAGAGUAUGUCAUCAACUCCCAGGAUGAGCUGGUGGCGGGCCUGAAACAGUUCUACACCUACGCCCUGCUCCCCGCUGAGUCCUUCUUCCACACAGUGCUGGGGAACAGUCACAUGUGUGACUCUCUGGUGGACAACAACCUGCGUGUUACCAACUGGAACAGGAAGCUGGGCUGUAAGUGCCAGUACAAACACAUAGUGGACUGGUGCGGCUGCUCUCCCAACGACUUCAAACCACAGGACCUCGUCAGGAUACAGCAACUGACCCGGCCCACGUUCUUUGCCCGAAAGUUUGAGUCCACGGUGAACCAAGAGGCCAUAGACAUCCUGGACACCCACCUGUAUGGACACUACGCCCCAGGGACAGUGGCCAUCAAGGCCUAUUGGGAGAGCCUGUUUGAGCGGGCGGACGGGGUUGGCUCCCUCAGUGACGUGGCCCUCACGGCCUACUCUUCCUUUUUCCGCCUGGGCCUCAGGAGCCUGGAGAGCAGCCAGACCAGCCUGGAGACCUGCAGGUAUGAGCCAAUAGGCUACCCGGUGUCGGUGCACCUCUAUUUCUACGACGAGCGUUUCCAGGGCUACUUGGUACGUCAGGAGGUGCAGAAAGUGGGGUCAAGGGUCAGGGAAACGGUGGAGGUGUGGGCCGUGCCUCAGGCCACCAUGCAGCUGGAGAACAACCUCAGGGAGUUUGAGAGGCUCAAGAACCUGGAGGUGGGCACAGAGUGGGACCCCAAGGAGAGAAUCUUCCGGAACUUUGGCGGUGUGAUCGGGCCGCUGGACGAGCCGGUGGCGGUACAGAAGUGGGUUCGGGGGCCCAACCUCACUGCCACCAUUGUGUGGAUCGACCCCGCCCAGACGGUGGCGGCGUCUUAUGACAUCGGUGUGGAUGUGGACGCAGAGUACACGCAGUACAAGCCCCCGCUACAGCGGCCGCUACGCCCCGGGGCCUGGACAGUCAGGGUGCUGAGGCUUUGGGAGCGCGUGGCCGAGGCUCGCUUCCUCGUCAUGCCCCUGGCCUUCAAAGGACGAGAACCACUACGCCAAGAGGAGGACAGCUGGCUGCACGCGGGGCCACCAGGCAACCUGUACCUGGAGCAGGGCUUCCAGCAGCUGAGAUCUGUUCUGAAGCUGCCCCCACAGGAGCCCGCCCUGCAGGAGGCCCAGCAGAGGGCCCAGCUGGUGGGCAAACCCCUGGAAGCCUGGGUGGACCGCACUGUGGGGGCCUUCUGGGUGACCGGGGAUCUGUGCUCCACCCUGCCUUCCCCGGGCCCCUGCCCUUCCCUGGGCCCCUGUACCAAGUCCACCUGGAGCUCCCUCGCCCCAGACCCUAAGUCAGAACUUGGCCCUGUCAAAGGUGAUGGCCGAAUCAGGUAGCCCCCCGGACAGGAGGCAUGCUGGACUACAGUAGAGGGAGAGGGGAUUAUAUGUGAGCCCUGAGAAGAGAGAGAAGGAUGUGUGAGCCCUGAGAAGAGAGAGAAGGAUGUGUGAGCCCUGAGAAGAGAGAGAAGGAUGUGAGCCCUGAGAAGAGGGGAGGAUAUGUGAGCCCUGAGAAGAGGGGGGGAUAUGUGAGCCCUGAGAAGAGGGGAGGAUAUGUGAGCCCUGAGAAGAGGGGAGGAUAUGUGAGCCCUGAGAAGAGGGGAGGAUAUGUGAGCCCUGAGAAGAGGGGAGGAUAUGUGAGCCCUGAGAAGAGGGGAGGAUAUGUGAGCCCUGAGAAGAGGGGAGGAUAUGUGAGCCCUGAGAAGAGGGGAGGAUAUGUGAGCCCUGAGAAGAGGGGAGGAUAUGUGAGCCCUGAGAAGAGGGGAGGAUAUGUGAGCCCUGAGAAGAGGGGAGGAUAUGUAAGCCCUGAGAAGAGGGGAGAGGGUUCUGGUCUCUAAGGCUAACUCAUAAGGCACAUAAAUAGACACGGCUUCUCUCUACAUAAGCUGAGGAGUGGCUAUGCUCCCAGUUUAGAGGCUACAUGCCCUUUUCAGAGGAGAUGCGUGCUGGAAAUUUGCACAUGAAGACUGCAAGACAAAGGUUUUUUUGUGUUUGAACGUCAUUUCUCGUUACAUGGACAAUUUCUGUUAUGUUAUCCGACUGCAUAUGUCUUCAUUCAGGGUCUGUCUGGGUAGAACUUUGGAAAGAGGAGAACCCCACCCGCACAUGUUUGAACUCUGUUCAAUGCACAGUUUUCUUCUGCUUUAAGGAAUUUAAAGCAGUGGCCAACAUUUUGACAGUGGCUAAAUGCUGUGUUGUAUUGUUGUCAGAGGGCAGUGGGUCCUCUGGACUAGUAUCUUCAUGCUUAUUUUCAAGCAUUAUCAGAACAGCAGAUGGGGGGGAAGUGCACUUUACUGUAAGACUAAGGUUACACAGGACAGGGUCGAUCAGUAGUUGGAGAAUGACAACGAGGAGGAUUAGGAGCUUAAAAGGUCAAGGUGGAGGUCGUCACAAUGGUGACGUGGCAUCCUCUUCACUUACUUACAUGUCUUUUGUAUAAAAGUGCUGCUAGAACGUUGCGGCGUCACUAUCACAUAUCUGACCCAGCUAGCUCACCUGGAGGAGGAAGAAUAAUAAUGUUCUGAGUUACCAGCUGGGAGACAAGUUAAAGUUGGGAGAGAGUCCUCUUCUCUCAUGAGUUCUGUUUACUGUGACAUUAUCAUGUUUUACAUUUUUGUUUGUUUCUUGAACAUUGAGAUGUGAAAUGUCUUUGUUGUCCAUGAUCACUGCAAAGCAAUGCCACCGGGGGUUUUGUGUGUCAGAGGAAGUGCCUAACUGAUGUAGGUAAUAUUCUAGGCUACAGUGGCCUGCCUCUCCAGUGUGGCAUCAUCAUUCACAGUGGACUACAUCACUUCUCAAUGGGUCUAGUCACAGUUAUGCUAUAUAGGCCUAGCUAGAGCCAUAUAUUUAGAGUUAGGCAAAUUUUUAGAAUAUUGACUAUUGUUCUAAUACUAGACAGUCAUGCAAAUAUAUUAUAAUGCAGAAACCUUGUUGGCCCAACUCUCUAAGUACAUGGCUCUGGGCUAGCUGCCUCUUCUGUAUCAGUGUAUAUGCAGUGCAGUACUGUCCAUGUGGUCUAUGCUCUGUAUGCCAACAAAGUGAAGAGUCUUCUGUCAUCUACCUACCACUUUAAUGUUACUGGUUGUCCAUAAGCAUUUCUACAACAAUGAAACUCCCAUCCAGGAGGGGUCAACAUGACUAUUUCACGGUCUGGUUAAGAAAUCGAAGCUGCCUUUACUUUGUUAUUAUGAACUGUUUAUAAUGGGAGAAUAGCUUCAAGACGUGCACUUAUUUCCUUUUUAGAAAAUUCGGAAACCCUACCCUAUACCUUUUUUUGUUUUUAAUUGUAAUGUUUUAAAACUAAACUGGCUGAAACUCCUACUUUUAUUGUUUUUUCAGUUUCUGCCACUGAGUUUACAAGUGACCUUGUUUCCCUUGCACACUUGCUUCAGUGAAGCUUCCAUUUAACAGAAAGAAUAGCAGAGCACCGUUUAGUGUAAAGGGAAUAGGUUAUUCAUAUUUUAGUCUUUGAGAAAUAUAUAUGUCCAUCCAUUCAAUAUCAACUCCUCUGUCAAACUAUUGAGAACCACUUAUAUUAUUAUUUUUUUGGACACAUCACACUUCGUUCAAUGUCACUUCCGUCCACGCUGUAUCACCCCACAGCCCACUCAUGACUCACUCUGAUGAUGAUGACAUAGUGGCACUGGCUCCCUGACUGAGGCAUGACAGUGCUGGACUGGAGAGGGGAGUGCUGGCCAAUCACAGAACGCCUCUGGUAAAACAUGGCAACAGGUUGACUGGUGGCACAAUAAAAAUAAAAAAAAUCA